UCUAUUUAUUCUCCUUUUCUGAAACCUUGUUGUUUAUAAACAGUACAGUAUAGUUGAAUUGUUGGCCUUUUUUCUUUUUUCUUUUACAUUUUAUGCACUCUGAGGAAAAAUGGUCAGUGAUUAUUAUCUUUGUUAUUAUUGAAAGGUCUGUUACAGUCUAUUUUUAAUAAAUGCAACAGCUGUGUUGCUUGUUUUAUUCCAUGGCUUGUAAAGUGUUGUGAUUUUUUUUGGAGACUUGGGUAUAGGGUGAACCUCUGUGUAUUGAUCCGUGUGUUCUUGACGUCACACGUGUGUGUGUGAGGGUUAAUACAGACGUUUUUGCCAUGAUAGGAGCGGUUUGGAGCUGCAGUUGUUUCUCACAGUGGGAAUUUAUUGAACCGGGAGUCCUGGUGUUCCUGAUGGGGAUAAAAACAGACAACGCAGCCGGACACAUCACACAUCACUACACCUCACAGGAACAGCAUGAUGCCACGCAUGCAGGCUUUAUGGACAUGCUCGGUGCUGAUUGUAAUUUUGUUCACCGAGUCGCACUGCGUUCAGAAGACAACUCUAACUAAAAACUGGGGACCGCAGUCGAUGCUGUACCUGAAGGGGAAAUAUGGGAGGAGAUAUAUUCCAGACAGCGAUGUGGAUUUUUAUAAAUCAGCCUUGAAAAACUUGUACGCAGUCAUCAGAGAUUUUGAAAAGAUGAAGUCAGUGCAAACCGGGAGAUCAACACGUCUUUUCACGGCCGAGAAUCUGCUGAUCCGUUACACAGAGUAGGCUUGAUUAAUG